AUGGAUCUGUCAAGGGGGAAAGUCGUCGUCGAAAAAGACAUCAACGAAUACGCAAUAGACGAAAACGUAUUUUUCUUCGAGCCGAAGAAGGAAGACGUGUACGACGAAAACGCAAAUCUGAGGUACAUCUUCCACAACACAUUCAUAAGCACAGAUGAAGAAAUAGCAAUCAGUGAAUUCAAAAAGUACUGUAAAAAUAAAUCGCUAAAAAUAAAUAAAGCAUUUUUCGAAAAUGAAUGCCUGCGUUACCUCUACUCAGCGCAAUUCGAUUUUGCAAAAGCGCUAGACCUGAUAAAGAGCAACUACGAAUUUAGGCUCUCCAACAUUCUGCCCAUCAAAGAAAAAGACGUUAUAAAUUACAUUAACAAAGGAGUCAUAUACUGGCAUGGAAGAGAUAAAAAAUGUAGACCCAUUCUGAUAAUCAAUUUAUUGAAUGUAGAAUCGCUAGACGUACAAAGGUUGACAAAUUUAUUUUUUUUCUGUUUCGAAUUCUUUUUAAAAUAUUUAUGUAUCCCUGGGAAGAUAGAAAAUUAUAUAUCCCUUAUUGACUGCUCUGGGAUUUCCUUAUCCAAAUUUCCAAUGUCCACUUUUAUGAAAUUGUUGGAGAUUAUGAAUUCCAAAUAUCGAUGCAGAUUGUUUCGGAUGUACAUCAUUGAUGCUCCCAAGAUUUUCAAAACUUUUGGGAAGUCCUUUUUAAAUUUCGCUCCUUCCUACAUGACGAAGAAGCUAAAGAUUUUGGACACCAAUUAUGCUUCCUAUUUGAGGGAGGAAAUUUUAGGCACCCAACUGGAGAAGAGGUACGGGGGAGUCCGCGAGAUCCGGGACAGCCUCUUUUACCCCUUCGCCUUUUACCCCAACUGUUGCUUCGAGGGGGGUGAAGCGGCACUGGGGGAAGGUGUUUACUGCGAUGGUGUUGGCGAAAGGGACCCCCCUCUCGGACCCGGCUUCCAACAAAUGAGCGACAAAGCGCGCGACUUCCUAAUGUCAGGCUACUCAAUGCAUUUGAAGUUGGUGGACCGAACUCACAAAGAAUCGAUGAGAAAGCAUUAUGCCCCCCCCGAUCCGGGAGACACCCACGGAAGGAGUAGAGUCAAAAGGAGCAGCAGCAACAAUAGCAGUAUGAAGCACCUGGUCAGCCACGGCAACAACAGCAGCACUAGUAGGAGGAAAAAAAAAAAAAAAAAUUUCUCCAAAAGUGAUCAGUUAUUAGAAAGCCAUUUCAUCGAUGCGGUGAUAAAUAAAGUGUAUCAUAUCGAAAGUAACAACAUUUUAAAAAACAAUAAAUUUGUGAAUGCAAAGGGUAGCUAUGUGGUUAGUGUAGGAAGCACUCACAACUGGCUCUUCAAAGUGAAGCACUUGUUUUUGCCCGAGAUAACCAUCAAUUAUUUAACGAGCAGGUUUCCCUUCAUCGUAAACUACCUCAUCGCGAAGUCUAAUUUUAAGUCCAUGCAGCAGUAUGCGAAAUAUGUAGAGAGUCACGCCUGCGUGGAGGCAGAUGAUUCUGUUCACUGCAAGCAUGGCAGCGGCAGACAUGAUCGAGAUGGCCGAGGGGUUAGCAGUGGUCGUCUGUAUGGUGGCAAGCCGUUCCUUUCCCUUAGCUCGACCGGGAACACCAUUGCACAUUUUAGGGAUGACUCGGGUGAGAAACACUCCCGCACGUUAAAUAGCGUGAAAUCGACGGACAGCCAUGUGGACGUAACUCACUUGAAGGAGGGGAAGAGCAGAGUGACUACUCCCCAGAUGCACAAGUCAAGGAGGAGAAAGAAAAAGGGCGAAGGGGGGGAGAUGCAGAAUGGGUUCAGCGAGUUUGAUGCGCACAAGGGGGGUUGUGGCAGCGGUGUUAGAAGCCCCUGUGGAGAUCGAGACGGUCAGAUAGAUGACUUCACGAGGAAGGAAGUGCCCAAUGAGCCCCCCUCCAAAGAUGCGAAGAAAAACUUUUACGCCAAUUCGGAAUCGAUCUUUGAAGAUAAUAAUGGGGAUAAAUCCGCUAAGGACAAGAGUGACCGCCUGCCAGGUAGGCAGCCCAGUAAGUCCAGGCGAGAGGGCAAGGAGAACCCCCCCAAGUGCUACAAAAUUAAGGCAACGAAUAAUUUGUUUAGGGAUGAUAUGGUAGACCAUCCUCAGAAGGUCGAGUGGGUUGAGAGGACCUUUUUGAAUAGAGUGGUGGGGGUGGGGGACUACUCCCCAGGUUAUGAUUUCUUCGUUGGUGUGGAUCAUCCCGGCAAGGGGACAGCGAGUGGGCAGCGCGAGUGGGCAGGCAGCGCGACGAAAGAGGCCACCUCCAGCAAAGCGGCCACCUCGACCAAAGCGGCUACCUCCAGCAAAGCAGCCACGUCCAGCAAAACGAUGAGCUCGAUGAACACCCUCAACACCCUCAACUCGAUGAACAGCAGCAACUCCGAAAAUAAAUUACACAGCCAGCCAUCCGUAGUUAGCAUGAAAUCAGUUGUGCCCAAGAGGUUGGACUACGCCAAUUCGAAAUGCCAGAGGCAGUCCACCGCCAUGAAUACAUCCUUCAGUACCAAGCAGUCGAAAGAUUCUUUUAGCAAAUUAGGGACAGGGGAAUAUUUAGAGCAAGCCCCACGAAAUGAUCCUCCAGGUGAUGCGACACUUGGGAGUAACGUCAAUCCGGUUAGACAAAAAGUUUCCUCGCCUACCGCUGGCGUAAGGCACACCGAAGAUGAUGGACUGCCAGCUGAGGAAAAGAACCCAAAUCUCAGCGUCCCCGAGGCGGAAUCGGAUUGCGCUAAAGAGACAAAGGGGAAUGCGUCCGAUAGGAGUAAGCGAAGGCUCAACAAAAUUAAGAUUAUUGGCCUGCAGUUUUUUAACAAAACGACUUCCAAAACGUAG